AGCAGGCAACUCUCAGCAGCCGUCAGUUUGUGCUACACGUAUGAACAUCUGUAUGGGAUGACAAUGUAUGACAAUAAUGACUAUGCAUGAAGAAAGGACAGAACACCGGCUGAGAAUCUUUUGUGUGCGACGGAGUGCUUUUGUCCCCGCCGGGCCGCCGUAGAGAUGGGAGACAACGUCUCCAAAAGGCUGAAGCUGCUGUCAUCCGGUGAUUCAGAGAUGGAGGAGCGGUCCUUUCAGAACCCGUACCCGGACUGGAGUCAGGGUUCGGGCUCCGGAGCAGACGGAGACUUCAGCGAGGUUCUAGAUGCAGAAGGAGCGGUUUGCCCAUCUUUCCAGAGGAAGGUCCAGAGUAAGAUCAACGAUCUCCUCCAGCAGAUGGAGGAGGGCCUGAAGACCGCGGACCCCCAUGACUUCUCCACCUAUACCGGCUGGACGGGUAUUGCCUUGCUGUACCUUCAGCUGCAUCGGGUCUCUCAUGAAGCCUCCCACCUGCAGAGGGCGCUGGACUACGUGAAGCGGGCCAUGAGGAUUCUGAAUGGGCGCAGGGUGACCUUCCUGUGUGGGGAUGCAGGACCCCUGGCUGUGGGGGCCGUGGUCCAUCACAAACUGAACAACUCUGCUGACAGCAAGGACUGUGUGUCCAGGCUCCUCCAGCUGCAGCGCUCCGUGCUCAGUCCAGACUCUGAGAUGCCUGACGAGCUGCUGUACGGACGAGCCGGAUACCUUUACUCUUUACUCUACAUUAAUAAGGAGAUGGGAGAGAAUACUGUGGACGAAGACACAGUUACGAAGGUGGUGACGGCCAUAGUGGAGUCUGGGAAGAACAUGUCAGCAGAGCAGAAGAAGACGGAGCGCUGCCCUCUCCUCUAUGAGUGGCACAAGAAGCAGUACAUCGGAGCGGCCCACGGCCUGGCCGGCAUCUACUACAUGUUGAUGCAGCCUGAAGCGAGGGUCCAUCUAGACGUGCUGUCAGAGGCAGUCCGACCCUCCAUCGACUACGUGCGCAGUAAGAGGUUUCGAUCGGGAAACUUCCCAUCAUCGCUGAGCAAUGAAAGUGAUCGACUGGUUCAUUGGUGCCACGGAGCAGCCGGAGUCAUCCACAUGCUCCUCGUGGCCCAUAAGGUUUUCAAAGAGGAGAAGUACUUGAAGGAGGCUGCAGAAUGUGCUGAGAUCAUCUGGCAGAGAGGCCUGCUCAGGAAAGGCUACGGUAUCUGUCACGGAACAGCUGGCAACGGCUACGCCUUUUUAUCUCUUUACAAACUCACCCAGGAGAAGAAAUACCUGUAUCGUGCAUGCAAGUUUGCUGAGUGGUGUUUGGACUAUGGGACUCACGGCUGUCGCAUCCCUGACAGACCGUACUCUCUGUUUGAAGGGAUGGCGGGGACCAUUCACUUCCUGUCAGACGUGACCCAGCCUGAAGCUUCCUGCUUCCCUGCCUUUGAGCUCUGACCUGCCCGUGGUGGGACCGAGGACCGUGAGACGGCUGAAGAAGACAACUCGUGAACUGGACUCUGGACUUGAUUCAGACUGGAUGUUGCUGAAACCAGCAGAAUGUUGAACAGAACCAAGUCUGGACAUUUGUCUUUGUGUGUCUGCAUGCUCCCUGUCUGAGUUCUCCCUGCAGUAGGUGUAGCCAGGGUGGAUCCUGGUUCCUGUUUGGCCGUUCUCCUCCUGUUUCCAUGGCAACAGUACAGCUGGUGCCUCCUCCUUCUGCAGGACACACGUUUGAUGUCUCCUCUGACUUUCCACUUCCUGUUGGUUCUUACCAACAAGAGGUCAAACCUGCUGGUUGUCGUUUCCUCCGUCAGAGGGGAGUUGAACCUCCAGCUGCUGCUCCACACUGAAAGACUGUGUCACAUAAAUCCAGGUGUUAGAGAUAAUUCAGCUAUUUUGAAGUUGUUCGGUCUUUACUGGCAGUCUAAUAACCACUUGUUCAAGUUAGGGAUGGGCAUUAAACAAUCUGAAUCUGUUAAUUGUUCAGGGUUCUUUAAAUAUUAGACAAUCCCAACUGUCAAAAACAACUCAGAUUGUCAAAAUAUUUUGUAUAAAUAUUUUAAAAUGGAAGUUCCACUGGUUUCCAUUUGACGUUGUUCAGCUGAUAGUCCUGUCUGCUGCGUGAUGUGAAACAAGAAGCUGUGUACCUUCAAAGAUGGCCGUCAGUCCUGUCGGGAUCAAACUCUCCUGUCAAUGAAGGAGCCAUCUGCAACAUGUAAGAUGUUUAUUGUUUAUAACUGUUCCAUGGAACCCCACUUACAAAAUGGUUGAAAUACUCUUUAAACACCAUCGGCAGGUGGAGCAGGAGCGUCCUCAUCAGCAGCAGCAUGUUCUCAGUGGACACGGCUGCAGACGCCUCACCGUGUAGAUCCGGUCCUGACAGGACCAGGAUGCUCCUGAAACACCUGGUUGUCCCUCAGAGACCCCCUGCUGAAUAUUGUUGUUGCAUGAGAUUUCCAUGUGUCCUGAACUCUUGGACGUGUCCCACCUGUCUCCAUGUCCUCAGACUGUUACCUGUAAAUGUGUGGACAUGUUCUUCUGUGGUGUCCUGAACUCUUGGACGUGUCCCACCUGUCUUCAUGUCCUCAGACUGUUACCUGUAAAUGUGUGGACAUGUUUUUCUGUGGUGUCCUGAACUCUUGGACGUGUCCCACCUGUCUUCAUGUCCUCAGACUGUUACCUGUAAAUGUGUGGACGUGUUGUUCUUCUGUGGUGUCCUGAGCAGGACAAUGAGACGGUUGUUCAGCGUUCAUGUUGGUUCUGUGGGACAUGAAGCCGAGUCCAGCUCCUGCUCUGCUGGAUGUUCCAGCUCUGACCAGAACCCGAGUCCAGUUCUACACAUGGAUGUGGUUCUGACCUGUGAAGGGCCCAGUGGCACCAAACCACCUGAACACAGCUGAGUAGGACACGGACUAAAUCAAAUAAAAAUUAAAUCCUGACUCAAAGUUCCUGAAGACGCUUGAAGGUUCCUGUUUGCUAACACUAAGCUAGCUGUGGCAGCCAUCUUGAAUUUUACAAAGGACGUUAGAAAGUCUUCACCAGUUUGGUGUGGGGUAACUUUCAGCUACCACCACACCAAACUGGUUUGUUACAGCAGCCAAAGCUUGUAGCCUAAACACUGCAGUACCAACACGCAGCAGAGGGUCCAGGUCCCAGUUUGAGCCAGAACCAGCUGGAGCGAGGCCUCGUCUGAUGGCUGCAUAAACAGGUUUUACUUGUCAUCAGUUGGGUCCUGUAACGAGAAGGUUCUGGUCCAGUACUCCCAGCAACACAUGGUGCAGUCCACAGAAUGUACAGACUUCUCUUUCUGUC